GUUUGGCUCCUCUCUUCACAGCCGGCUCCAGCGUCAUCUCUUGCGUCAGCUGUUUCUUCCUGUCUUUCGGCAACAGCGAGUCAGCCAUGAUCGCUCUGUACUGCCUGUUUGGUGGGAUCAGCAUUGCCUCCUGGAACUCCCUGGACGUGCUGACCGUUGAGCUCUACCCGUCUCAUAAGAGAACCACAGCGUUUGGCUUCCUCAACGCUCUGUGUAAACUGGCGGCCGUGCUGGGCAUAAGCAUCUUCACUUCAUUCGUUGGCAUAACCAAGGCCGUACCGAUCCUGUUUGCCUCGGGCGCGCUGGCAGCAGGCAGCUUUCUCGCCCUCAAACUACCAGAGACGCGGGGACAGGUCCUGCAAUAGUGUGGCACCAAGAGCUCUGCAAAGGGCAGCAGAGUUCAAGCCACACUGUGAAGAAAACAGCGACAAAGUCCAUCGAAUCCUGCCCUUUGAACCCCCCCCCCCCCCCCCCCCACUCACCUACAUCCACAACUAAACAGUCAACUACAACAUGAGUGUGUUGAGGUACAUUUGGCCAUGACAGUAAUCCUCCCUUAUAACGGUUUGUGAUGUUGCUGCAUCCCGAUAAUCCAGAAUAAAAGAUGUUUGCAUAAAUCUGGACACUAAACAAAAAACCAACAUAGAUGUAACUUCAUUACUUUUCCCCCCUAAGUAUAAAAAAAACUAAACAUCCAGGGUUGGAGGUCAGUGAGCAACUCAAACAGACUUAUAGAAAUGACCACUAGCCAUUAUUGCAGAGUUGUCUGCCCUCACCUUUGUUCUCUUGAGCAAGAUCAACUCACCUUUGAAGUUGUGAGUUCUUCAUCCUUGUUGGACAUCUUCUCAAAAAUGCAAUUUCUGCCUUGAUUGGAAGCAUUUUUGAUUCUGCGGGGUAACACCAGGACGUCUUUGUCUUGGCCUUCCUUACUCUGUUCCUCCUGAGGUCUUGUGUUGGUGUCUAGACUAACUGCCAUUUUGUAGAUAAUAGAACAUUCCGGGUUUGCUUUUGUUAUCGUGACAAAUCUGAGAUGAAUCCCCCUCCCUUUAUGGCAUCACGUUUGAUCGCACAAAACCAGGGGACACGAUCCAGAUAUCCAUUCGUCAUGAGGACAUUUUCCCAAGGAAAAUGUUUAGAUUCUCCCAGUUGAUCUUUAUUCCUGUCCAGCUGUAUAUCCCCUUGUGAGAACUGCCUUUCCCCCCCUUCACCUUUACAAUUAUACGGGAUGUUUGUCUUUGAGUUGUUGCGGAGGGUGUUAUGCAUGUCACAAAGUAUGAACUGUACGUAAACUUUAAAAUCAACACUGUAACGUGUAAACAGAAAUUUACUACAUUCGUUCUCCAUCAAACUUAUGUAGUAUUUUUAACAGGACAUGUUUUUUUUUUAUUAUUAUUAUAGUCUUAACAAACCUUUCCCAGAUAAUUUUAGAGCACACUGCACAAAAUUUGGUUACCUUGAAAUGUAUGAAAGAUAUAGAGUGAUGAGAAGACUCAUAUUUAGGUUGUUUUGGUGCAGCCAUAUUUAGUGUUCUCCGAGAAUUAAAUGUUUAUAUUAUCGUGGGUCAUCUUACUGAUCGGAAUAUUGGACCUUGGUGCAGCAGAGAGAAUUUUAUGUUAAUUUAUUGAAGGGAUCCAUGAUUAGUUAAACAUUUUGGCCUAAAUAAGUUAACUAAUUUUCCUAUCAACUUCAAAAUCAUUGUUUAUAUUUUGUAAACAAAACUAAUUAAUACUUCAAAAAUUAUUUAUCCAAUGUUAUGAUUUUUACCCCAUGUUUUUUACGUGUGCAAUGCAUCCUGGGUAAAUGAGUUAGGUCUCACUGGUCUGAAACUUGCAGAGUAAAAAUAGGAAAGCUAUUGUUUGCGUUCGAUUGGUGUAAACUUAGAGAAUGCCACACUGCGUCACAUGAGAUGUCUGUUGAAACAAACAAAUUUGAUUGGCUUGUGAUCUAGGGUUUAUAUAUAUUAGCUAGAGCUAACACUGUUAGCAGAAGCUAACAUUGAAUCAAAAUAAGAAUAUAACGAAUGACUGUUUAAAGUCGGGCUUACACUGUGCGAUUUUUUUGCCCUUUUCGCGGCGACUUUCCAGUCGUGCGAGAAUUUUCCAAUCGGCAAGACUUUCAGCCUUGUCGUGCAUUGUGCGUUGUGUAGUGUACAAGGGGUAAACUACACGACGUGUAGUGUACAGGGGGCGAUCAGCCUCUCACGACCAACUCCCGAUCAGGGAUCGUGAGCAAAUGCCGUUGUGGGCAAAUCGCUCAGUGGGACAGACCGUAGUAGCCACGUUUUAUCAGCCAUGUCUUUGUCCAAAUACGUCGUCACCUUUUCUUUUUAGGGUUUUCAGCACAAAAUUGCGCAAAUUGCCAAGGCAGCGCAUUUCACUCUACAAUAGUUAGCUUCACAUUCCUCCUUUACUCAUUUGGCUUUUGGAUAGACGAUUCCGAGUAGCAACAUCUCACUGCGGAACUGAGUCCAACGUGGUUUUUAGACGUACAGUGUGAGCAGGUAGAUUACAUCAGAGCGUCGUGCUGCACAUACAUCAUGAGCUGUGAGCUCACACUUUACGACAAAACCCUGUGGUUUUGUCGUGAAGUGUGAGCUGUAGCUCCGUGCAAUGAUUGAAAAAAUCGCACCGUGUAUGCAUAAGGUGACAGUGAAGCAUCUUGCAGUCGUAACAGUGUUCUAAUAUAUCUGAGAAAAUGUUCUGAUGCUGAUGCUAAGUGUAAUUAGCCUCAGUUAGACACUGGGGCUCUUUGUAGCCUAGCUCUUCAUCUGGAUUAGCAUUUCGCUAACCUCCCCCCC